AGUGACUCACACUUAUCACGAGAACACGACUGGUUUAAUAAAAACGCUUAUUAUUAUAACCAAGUGUACCAGUGACUGUUUUAAUGUGCUUUUGUUUGACUGUGCUAAUGACAGCUAUUUUGUGCUUCCAUUCUUAUACUUACACUUCGAUUGUAACUUCGCGCAAAUUCGGUUACCUUCUGUAACCAAGGUUGUAUCCUGGCACGAUCUCGGUAUCCUCUCGAUGCCACGAGAUCGCCAGCCAAAUAUAACUCGACUUGGCCUAUUACUUGCCUUCUGGUAUUUGGCUUCUCGGAGAUUUUAUGGGUUUCUUUGGUUACGUUCAACCUUCGCCUUCUGAUUGAUUUGGCACGUGUUUCUUGGUAGCGGUGUUCAUAGUUAAUCUCAACUCGACGCCACGCUACAAGCUAUUAUUAAAUCAUGUAAGGUGCACCCGUUUUGAAUGCCGUGAAAGGGGGAAAUUUCAUAAGAUGGUUCGUCAAAAUGAUCAAAAGGUUAGGAAAUUCAUCCCUGAAUUGCAGAAACAAGCUGCCAAAUGUAAUUUCGGUGAUCAACUUCAUGUGCAACUGAGAGAUCGAUCAAUUGCAGGAAUUAACAUACCGGGUUUGGGAAGAGAACUGUUAAGUAUGCCAAACUGUUCCUUGCGUUCGUUUAACAGUGAUUCCUAUUCUCGUGUAAAUAUGAAAGGAGUUUCAACAAGGAAUUACAAAGCGAAUCACAAAGAUCUUCAUAGUGGACAUUUACGUGUUGAGAAAAUGAAGUCUUUGGCAAUGCUCACGUGUUGGUGGCCAGAGAUAAAUGCAGAUAUAUGUCGUACGGCAAACAAUUGUGAGAGAUGUCAUCAGUUUAAAAAUCAGCCUUCGAAGUGAACGCAAUGGCCAGUAUCGUCUGAGGCCUGGCAGAGAAUUCAUGCUGACUAUUGUGGUCCGUUUCUUGGUAAAUACUAUGCACUAGUAGUUAUUGAUUCUUCUUCAAAGUGGCCUGAAUUUUUUUUCACAACUUCACCAAAUUCCGAUUUCACAAUCCAAGCAUUAAGAAAGGUGUUUAGUCGAGAAGGGGUUCCUAUGGUGUUAGUCACUGAUAAUGGCUCUCACUUUGCUGCAGAUGCAGUCACUACCUGGUUGAACGGUAUGGGGUGCAAACAUCUGUUUACUGCCCCCAGACAUCCUUGUUCUAAUGGUCAGGCAGAAAAUUUUGUUAGGACAGUAAAGACUGCUAUUGGUUCUAUAACCGCCUCAACAUUUAAUGGGCUGGAGAGGGGAGUAGAUACCUUUCUAUUGCAAUAUAGAAAUGCCAGACAUUCGGUGACGAAGGAGACUCCAGCGAAGCUAUUGAAAGGAAGAAUUCUUCGGUCAAAUAUGAGGUGUUUGGAGUCUGCAGAAGUUACAUACCGUCGAGGAAAUUAUCUUCGACCAUCUACGGGUAUUGUUCUGAAGAAUGUCGGAAAAUCGAUGGUGCGAAUUCUAGUCAUCAAUGACUUAGGUACACACAGUCGACAUGUUGAUCAAAUACGAUUUCAGGAACCAGUGAGUACAUUCUAGAUAAUACAGAGUCUUUAUCCAACACAAUGUCGGACAGACUCAGGAUGAAUUUAAGAAGACGUACGAUUGAUUACAAACACCUAGACCCCAACUCAAGCUGUGGCGGAUGUGGUGUUUGAAUGAACUAAUGAUCCCAUUGUACUUGUUGGAUGCUUGAUUUCAAAUUCUAAAUACAAUACAUUCGUUCGUGCU